GCCAAAUUGUGCGCGUAAGGUACAGAAAAUGGACGACGAAUUCAUGGAACUUUUUCAGAGGAUCAAAUCCCUGGCAAAGAACCUGCAAAGAGGCUCGGAUGAUCGUCAUUAUGUGGCACUGUGGAUAAAGAAAUUGAUAUCAGAGAGAAAGAAUGACAAAGCAACUUGCAAUCAUUACACCAGGCUACUGCUCAAUUCUUUGCAGCAGACUAAACUUCAGCCACCAUUCACAGCUAUUCCACCAUCAGGGCCCUUGCCUCUUGUUAAAGACGAGUUAGACAAACUAUUAUCAACCAGUCCAGAGUAUCAUACUACCGAUCAUCCUUCUAUUCCGGAUAAUUUCAGUUUUGUUCAGCAGCCAAAUCAUAAGCUAACAGAAACUUUUCCUCCCACAGCUGUCCCAUCUCUCAAAGGAAACGCUGAUAGGAAUAUUUCCUUCACCUCUCCUGGCAGAGGUGCAAAUUAUAAGUCAUCGGUGAGAUCCCUCUCCCUUUCACCAAGAUGGAAACAAGCUACACAUGUACAGAGAACGACUCGCAAGUUGUUAAAAUUUAAUUCCUCUGAUUCUUCCUCAGAUGAUGAUCAGGAUGACAUAAAAACCAGUACUACGGCAAAAUCUUCAACUCCCAAUAAAGCACCAACAAAUGUAAAGAGUUUACAGUUGGAUUAUGAUGAAGGCAGUGACGAAUUAUCUGAAGCAUUUGCAGAGAUUUCAUUUCCCCAAUCACUUCCUAAUAGGCAUCCAUCACUUUUAUUAGGUAAUUCUUCACACUUAAUUGCAGCCAAGACACAAAAUGAAUCAAUGCAGCAUAGCAAUGGGACAAUUAAAAAUUUCCUUGACCAAAAGAAUAGCGAAAUAGAAUCCUUGCGCAUGGAAUAUUCGCAAAAGACUUGUCAAUUGGAGCACAAGUGUCACCAGCUAGAGAUGAAAGCAUCACAACUGGAGAGUCAACUAAGUAUAAAGAAAGAACAGCAAAGCAAAGAGCUACAAAGGAUAAAGCAAGAGUCUCAACAGCAGCUUCUUCAGUCAAAGAACAAGCUCAAAAAGAAAUUUCAAGGUAUUAUUAGUGAUUUAGAAAAAGAAAAGGUUGACAUGGAGCAUGAGAAGUUUCAGAACUUACAAGCAGUCAUAGAGGAUGCUAAUGGGAAACUACUGAGUCUUGAAACGGAAAAAAUUUCACUUAAACGAAUAGUACAAGACCUUGAAUCAAAGAACCACCAACUAACUCAGCAGCUUGACAUCACACAACAAAUGAAAGACACAUACUUGAAGCAAAAGAAUCAAUUACAAGAAGACAAUGGAAACUUAGAAGCAAGUAUUAAGCAAGCUAAUGAAAGAAUCAAAAUGUUGGAAGAAUCCUACAUACAAAUCACAGCUGAGAAAGAGGACACUAUAAAAGAAAUGGCGGGGCAAGCUGAGAAAGAUAUUUCAGCUCUCAAGACUCAAAUGAAGCACAACCAAUUAAGUGCAGCAAAUGAUAUCUCUUGCCUUCAAAAGGAAGUGAAAACUUUACAAAACUAUAUUGAAGAUAUUAAUGCUAGUCAUAAACAAAAAGUGAAGGAAAUCGAAAGCUCAAAUCAGAAGCAGUUAAGUGAGAAAGAAACAAAGAUAAAAGAGUUAGAUAAUUCUUUUAAACAAUUACAAAUGGAGUCAUCUGAUUCUUUGUCCAUCCUUAAAGCAACUCUCAAAGAAAAAGAUUCUAAAUACAACGAUUUGGAGUCCAGACUUGAAUUACAGACAAAGAAAUUGGAGAAGGCAAACAAAGAACAUCACAGUAGCAUGCAAAAGGUCAAAGAUCAACACAUCAAAGCAAUGCAACACAAACAAAAAGUCAUUGAGAAUCUAGAAAAAAGUUUAUGCGAUGUUACGAGAAAAUUUGAAGAACAGCCAGGAAAACUAGAAGCCAAACAUAAAGAGAGACAAGCAAACGAAUUAUCCAUUCUCAAUGAGAAAUAUGCAGUUCAAAUACAGCACCUGCAACACGACUAUGAGAUCAAGAUUGCAUUAGCAGAAGAAAGCAUAGCAUCAUUGAGCAUGCAAGUCAAAGACCUUCAAGAAGAACAGGAAAGAAUGAAGGUGGAACAAGAUGAAGAGAUUAAACAAUUGCAAAGAGGAAACGAGUUAGAGCUGAAUCAAAUAAGAUCACACUUUGCAUCAGAAGAAGCAGCACAUCAGCAAGCUAUAGCUGAAGCUAUAGCAAGAUCAGAAGAACUCAAAACUCAACUAGUUCAGCAGAAGAAGGCACACGAAGCACAACUAUCUCAAGUGAAAGCUAACAUUGAUCAAAAGCAAAUCCUCACAAGAAAAGAGUAUGAGGACACCAUUCAAGCAUUGAAACUUGAGAUUGAUUUACUGAACCAAAGAGCUGAAGUACUUCAGAAGCAGCUGGCACAAUUUCAUACUUGCUCGAGCCUCAGAAAACACAUAAAGUCAUGCCACAAGAAAUACUAAAAGAUAUAGAAUAUCCAAUAAUCAUUAUUAAAUAGUAGAGGACAAUAUUAAUAUAAUAAAAUUAAUUAAUGUCAUGAUUGAAAAUGAUAUCAUACAACAGUUCUUUUUUAUUA